AUGGCGUCCGCGGCGGCAAAGCUCGCUGAGCUUGCGCUCCACACCGCAGAGCAGUCGGAGGAGGAGCUGCUGCUCUCACAGGAGCGGCUAGAUGACAUGCGCAUAUCGCGCGGCGCGUACGUUGAGGUACGCGCUGUAAGCGACGCAGGCAUCUCGCCGCCGGCCGGCUCACCCUCUGGCAGCGCGUCUCCAUCGUCGUCGUCGCCGACGGGUCCGGCGACGGCCGCGGCGACUGGCGGCGCCGAGGAUCGCGGCGCUCUCGUUUUACGCGUCGGCUCUGCGGCGCCCGGCAAGGGCUCCCAGGGCGUCUCGCUCCUCGCGGCAACGGCGUCGCUCUUUGGCCUCUCUUCGCGGCAGAGUGUCGAGGUCAUUGUGGUGCCGGCGGCGGCGGCGGAGCUCGAGUGGGUCGAGAUGGUGUUUCGCGACCAGUAUCUCUCGCGCGGCGACAUCUGGUACUGGAUGCAGCAGCUGCGCGCGUCCAGCCCGAACGUCUACCUGCGCAAGGUCUUUGGCCACGCUGGCGCGCGCGUCGAGGUAUCAGGCAUGGCGCGGGACUCGGACAUGGUCAGCUGCGGCUGCCUCGGCCCGAGCACGCGCGUGUCCUUCCGCUCGCAAUCCGCCUCCGUCUUCCUCCUCCUCCAGGUCUCGCAGGAGCUCUGGGAGACCCACACACCCACCGGCGAGCUCUACCUCGACCGCGCCCUCGCCUUCCUCGCAACCAUGUUCGAGCGCUGGCGCGCAGUCGGCGUCUCUCACAACCUCUCGCUCGUCCUCUUCGCGCGCUGCUUCGCGCCCCCUUCCUCGAAGCUGCUAGGCCUGAUGCUCGACUGCGCGGGCCGGCCACACACGGACUUUUACAAGCUGAUCGUCGAGUCGGAGUCGCGGCAGGAGUGGAUGAGCCUGCUCGGCGGCCUGCGCGCCGAGGUCGGCCGCUUCCGCCAGGCGGGUAACCUGCUCGAGGCGAUCAACCUCGCCCUGGACGUGCUCGAGCCGUCGCACGAGGAGCUCGACCUCGCCUCGACCGGCAAGAGCCUGCUCGUGCUCACCGGCGGCGCCGGCGUCUUCACGGCGCUCGCCGCCAUCUCGAAGCAGCGGAUGGCCUACAACGGCAUCGGGUGUGACCUCGUCUGCGCGGGCUCGCCGCCUCUGCACACCGUCCCGAUCUUCUCCUACGCGGGCGCGAGCUUUGUCAGCGCCGCGACGAGCAGAGACACGGCCGUCGGCGGGGGGGAGGGCGCGUCGUACGUGGUGCCGCACUGGAUCCUCAUCUCGUACACGGACCCGCCCCCGCACCCGCGCCUCGACCUGCCCUCGGCGAGGCGGGAGGGCGCCGUGUCGGAGCGGUCCGACGACCUCUUCUUUGGCGGGCUGGGCGGCGCCCUCUCCUCGGCCGGCGGGCCAGGGGAGCGCGGCAUGGCGGCCGGCGCGUGGUCGCAGCUGGUGCCGCACUCGCGGCCGAUGAACCCCUUCUCGCUCCGCUUCCCCGCCUCGGCCUCGGAGCUGAAGCGGCUCUCGGAGACGUCGUACGCGCGCCGCCGCUGGCUGCACGUCCGCUCCUCCAACAAGGCGUACUUCACGGGCACCGCCAGCGUGGGCAUGCUGCGGCAGCUGCCCGCGGCGGUCGCGCCGACGAGGCUCCGCCGGUGGCAGCCCCACCUCGAGCACCAGUGGGCGUCGCUGACCGCGCCGGCGGGCGAGGUGGAGGGCACCAUCCCGUACAAGACCGUCAUGUCGGCCGAGGAGAUCCUGCACGAGAUGGUGUGCCAGCGGCUGGAGCAGGACUUCCAGCUGCUGCGAGCAACCACCUCCGCCGGAGCGCCGACGCGGACCUCGCUCUCGCUGCGGCACGAGACGACCUACUUCCUCGCGCUCGGCGCGCAGGUGACGCGGCACUACAUCCAGCCGCUGCCAACGCUCAAGUCGCCGACGAUUGGGCGCGCGGAGCGGCCGGGUGCGGGCGGCUGCCGCCAGACCGGCGCCGCCCCACGGCUCGCGCGGAUCAAGCCGACCGCGCACCACGCCUUCCCGUGGAACCGGAUCGACAACACCGUCUGCGGCUGGUCGCCGCCCUCCGAUCUCGACCUGCGCGACAUGCGGCUGCGCUGCAAGCGGUUCGCGCUGCUCGACUUUGAGAAGCGGCAGGAGGGGUCGCUGUUGCGCCUGCUCUCCGCGCCGCCCGGCACGCAGCGCCUGCUCGGCGCGGCGAUGAGCGCGACGAUGGAGAAGAAGCCGUCCGUGCGGGGGGUGGGGCCGCCGCUCGUCUACGACUCGAGCGCGUCUGCGACGCAGGUGUGGCACCUCGAGCUGCGGUGGCUCAUGUGCCAGGGGCAGCAGGUGGAGGAGAUUGUCAAGCACUGCACGCGGCGCGCCAGGCAGGCGGGCCUGCUGCUGCUGCAGAUCCCGACCGACCGGCGGCCCCGCCCCUUCACCCCGCGGGCGCUCAUCGUCGUGCCCGAGUCGCUGCGGAAGCGCGCCGCCGAGGCGCUCUGCGAGGAGAUCGGUUUUGUCAACGAGUACGCGCGCGAGGGGCCGGAGCGGAGGUGGAUGCACGAGCUGGGCGUCGCGUUCGUGCGGCCGAAUGUGCGCGGUUUCUCCUGGCUCGCCAACCGGCUGCUGCCGUCGCAGGCGGCGCGCGCCCACUCCGAGAAGCUCCUCGCCCGCUUCCGCACGGGGGUCUUGUUGUGA